GCGGGGCCGGCGGGGCGUUUCCGCUGCUGGGCGCUGGCCGAGAGCCUGCCGCGCCUUCCCGCUGCGCACUCCGCUCGGCCGCUGCCCCGCUGCCCGCGCUGCCCCGCUCCCCGCAGGUCCGGCCAGGGUCCCGUCCGGCAGCGUCGCCUCCCCCACCUCCCGCGCCAUGGCACAGGCUCUCAGAGGCACCGUGACGGACUUCCCUGGAUUCGAUGACCGGGCUGAUGCAGAAACUCUUCGGAAGGCCAUGAAAGGCCUGGGCACCGACGAGGAGAGCAUCCUGACUCUGCUGACAUCUCGGAGCAACGCGCAGCGCCAGGAGAUCGCCGAGGCCUUCAAAACUCUGUUUGGCAGGGAUCUCCUGGAUGACCUGAAAUCAGAACUGACUGGAAAAUUUGAGAAACUGAUCGUGGCUCUGAUGAAGCCUUCCCGGCUGUACGACGCCUACGAGCUGAAGCACGCUCUGAAGGGAGCCGGGACAAAAGAGAAAGUCCUGACAGAAAUCAUUGCUUCAAGGACACCUGAAGAACUCAGAGCCAUAAAGCAAGUGUAUGAAGAAG